UGCAGGAAGAAUUUCUUAUCAUUUCGAUCGAGUGAGUUUUGUUAUGUAAUGCACUUUCGUCUUUAUUUAUAGUAAUAAAUUGUUGUCUUUUGUUUAAAUUCGCUCAUUUUUUUUUUUGUAGCUCUACAACAGAGAAAUUUCUUGUCUUUUGUUUAAACAAAGUUGAAAGUGAAGAAUUACCAAUUGAAGUUCACUUGUUUGUUUCACAAAAUCAAUUCCAAGGUACUUCUGAGUUCUAAUUUGUAAUACUUGAUGAAUGGAAGUCUUGAUUUGUAUGUACUGAACUUAUUUGUUUGACAUUGUAACCGGUGUACGUGAAACUAUUUUAAUGUAAUUGUGUGAAUUUAGAGUAUUGCGUUGUUGACUUUUUGUUUACUUUAAAGUUGACUUUUCUAUUGUAUAAUUGAUUUUUUAUGAUAUCAUAAAGACACCCCCUUGGCCAAUUUCCUGGCUCCGCCACUGCCAAUACCAGGAUUGAAUGGCAAGCUCGUGAUGUAUUAUGCAGCUUCCCUGAAUCGUCCACAGCGAGAGAGUAGAUCAAUCAUACACGCAUAGUGUUCAGGUUUCAAUGCACUGGGGCUCCUGAUCCUUGCUUGGUUGAAAUGUGAGCAGCCAGCAUCGACAAGACCGGCAUGGUUGCAAGCCCACAGAACACCCAAAAGGGUGACAUCGUUCGGGUUAAAACCUGAUGCCACCAUCCUGUCAAAGAACAUCAAAGCAUCCUUCGCUCUUCCAUUCUGUGCAAGCCCACAAUUCCACAAAUCACAGCGUUCCAAGAGACCACAUUUCUGUCAGGAAGCUUGUUAAAGACCAGGAGACUAUCCUCCAUAUCCUCAAAUGCCCUUUGAGCUUCGUGUAUUGAAGCUAACUUGCCGUAAAAAUCUAGCAAUGCAGUCCCCACAAAGACUACAGAGUGAAGUCCCAUUCUCACAGCACCACAAUGGAACCGUCUCCCCAAUUCGAUGUCCUUGAUUGCGAUGGACAAUGGAAUCACAGUGAUUGCUUCUGUCUGGCUAACUCCCCAAUUAACUUUGUCGCGGUUCUGGCAUCUGGUAUGGGCAAUUGAACAAACAGUUGGUGGGCACUCGACCCUGCAGAGUCUGAUUCCAACACCCAGGUGCACGAGUGACGGUUACGAGAAAAAGUUCGAGACUUUCUGGUGAAAAGGAGCGACGGAGCCAAUCUGCAUAAAGCCAUUCCAAGUUUCGAAAAUGUGCAGACGGCGAUCACCUAGUCCUUCGUCGCCGGCUCCAUGUUUUGUUUCAGUUUGGACUUUGGACAGAUAUUGAACUGUCUAAAAUUGUGGCAAGGCUGACCCAAAUCGAAGCGAAAAGGAAAAUGGGCCAAAAGCCCGGAAAGUGAGUCUCCCGCUCUCAAAAUGAUUAUAUCAGCAACGGAGCAGAUGGUUUUCCAGCUUCCUUCAAUAGAAGACAUGAAUUUUCUGAGACUCCACAACCGUUGCUACCAGCCUCGAAUUACCCAUAUCGACCAACUUCCCCAUCAUCGUCACCUCUCUGCAACAAUCCAGUUCCCCUCGACGCAAAGAUCGAGCCUUAUCAGUUCUUCGACCAUUUCGUCACUCUCUCUGUCUAAACCCACCUUCAAGUUUUCGAGAAUCCCAAGAAUCAAUGCCUCGGUUGUGGAGGGGAAAGGGGAAGAGCGCCAUGAAGAAGGGUUAUCCAAUAAUGGAACGGAGAUGGAUUACUUGGCACCUGAUGGGAAUGUCUACCUCAAUACGCUGAGACUGGUGGAAUGCUCUAUGUUUGCUGCUGUCACUGGCCUCGUCUACUUUCUGAGCAAUUCCCUCUCAAUUGAGAAUUACUUUGGAUGCUUCUUUUCGUUGCCAAUUGUAAUAUCUUCACUUAGAUGGGGUGUCGCAGCAGGCAGAAAAACCAUGGUAGCAACUGCUAUGCUCUUGUUUGUACUGUCUGGUCCUGUUAAGGCAUUAACCUAUCUGCUGACUCAUGGCAUAAUUGGUUUGACAAUGGGCUCCUUGUGGAGGUUACAAGCAAACUGGACAGUUUCAAUAUUCUUGUGCACUAUAGCUCGGGCAACUGGCGCCAUGGGGUAUGUCUUUACGUCCUCGUUCUUAAUACGAGAAAACAUACUUGCUCUGAUUACAGUAAACAUCCACGCUUCUCUGAGUUAUGUGUUUGCUGCCACUGGCAUUAAUACCAUUCCAUCGAUGAACUUCAUAUACACAUUGUUUGGAAUUCUUGUGUUGAUAAAUAGCGGAUUCUUUGUGUUCCUACUGCACCUCUUGUAUUCCGUGUUUCUAACUCGCCUUGGAAUGAGGACUUUGUUGAGAUUGCCGACAUGGCUUGACAAGGGCCUGUGAGCAAUUGGCCUCUGCAGUUGUUAUCAGCAUCACAUAUUACAACCAUGAAUUGGCAUGUAAGACUGCAAAAGUAUGAUGUAGCUGCAAUUAUCUCACACUGUAGGUAGAUAGUUCUCCUUUUUCCCCUUUAAAGAGGCACAUCACAAUUCACAAGUACCUAGUUCGUUGUUGUAGAAGAAACUCAUGGAAGGAAG